CUGAGCUCUGAGCGAGAAGAGAGAGAGAGAGAGAGAGAGAGAGAGAGGCAAUAAGAAAAGUGGUUUUCUUGUUGAAGAGGAAAAACAAAAGACUUGUUCGUUCGCUCAUCUGUAAUCUAGGGUUCACUCACCUGCAUCAUCUCACAUGGCGCCAGAUCCGAACAGCUCCGGCGGAACCUCCAGCGGCUCGCGGAAUGAGGCCGCCGUCAAGGUUCCCACCAAGGACCCUAAGAAGAAGGACGACAAAAAGGACGAGGAUUUGUCGGAUGAGGACUUGGCGUUGAAGCAGCAAUUGGAGUUGUAUGUGGAGAGGGUUCAGGAUCCUGAUCCCGGUCUGCAGAAGGUUGCUCUUGAGAGUAUGAGGCAGGAAAUUCGUACAUCAACGAGCUCCAUGACCUCUGUUCCAAAGCCACUAAAGUUUCUUCGACCACACUAUGGAACUUUAAAAGCUUAUUAUGAAACCAUGGCAGAUUCAGAGUUGAAGAAAUACCUGGCAGAUAUAUUAUCAGUCUUGGCAUUGACCAUGUCCGCUGAGGGAGAACGGGAAAGCUUAAAGUACAGAUUGCAGGGAUCAGAAGGUGAUAUUGGUUCAUGGGGCCAUGAAUACGUCAGGAACUUAGCUGGAGAGAUUGCUCAAGAAUAUGCUAAGCGACAGAGUGAAGAGGGCCCUAUUGAUGAUCUAAUGGAACUCGUCCAACAAAUUGUUGCUUUUCACAUGAAGCACAACGCUGAACCUGAAGCUGUUGACCUUUUGAUGGAGGUUGAAGACCUGGAUCUGUUAGUUGAGCAUGUUGAUAGCACAAAUUUUAAAAGAACAUGUCUCUACCUCACCAGUUCAGCAAGAUACUUACCUGGUCCAGAUGAUAUGUUGGUUUUGGAUAUUGCGUACAUGAUAUAUCUGAAAUUUGAGGAAUAUACAAAUGCGCUUCAGAUUGCUCUAUUCCUUGACAAUUUGCAGUAUGCGAAGCAGGUAUUUACAUCGUGUGAUGAUCUACAACGGAAAAAGCAAUUCUGCUACAUCCUUGCCCGACAUGGUGUCACUUUUGUGCUUGAUGAAGAGGCCGCAGCAGAUGAUGAGGAUCGGGAAGUAUUGCAGGAUAUCAUCAACAAUGCUAAGUUAAGUGAAGGUUAUCUUAACCUUGCUCGUGAUAUUGAGGUCAUGGAAGCCAAAACUCCGGAGGACAUUUACAAGGCACACUUGCUUGAUGGCCGGGCCAGUGGUGCUGCUAGUGUUGAUUCUGCCAGACAGAACUUGGCUGCAACCUUCGUCAAUGCUUUUGUAAAUGCUGGCUUCGGUCAGGAUAAGUUGAUGACAGUCCCAUCAGAUUCUUCAAGCGGCGGUGCUUCAGGAAAUUGGCUUUUUAAGAAUAAGGAGCAUGGAAAGACAAGUGCUGCAGCAAGUCUGGGUAUGAUCCUACUGUGGGAUGUUGACUCGGGACUUGCUCAAAUUGACAAGUACUUCCACAGCAAUGAUAACCACGUGAUUGCCGGUGCCUUGCUAGGAGUUGGGAUUGUUAAUAGUAGUAUAAAGAAUGAUUGUGAUCCUGCAUUGGCGCUUCUUAGUGACUAUGUAGAUAAGGAAGAUCCAUCCAUCCGAAUUGGGGCAAUUAUGGGCCUAGGAAUUACCUAUGCUGGCACUCAGAAUGAGCCGUUGCGUUAUAAGCUGUCUAGCAUACUUAAUGAUGCCAAAGCUCCGUUUGAUGUGAUUGUGUUUACUGCAAUCUCAUUGGGCUUGAUAUUUGUUGGGUCAUGCAAUGAGGAGGUUGCUCAGGCUAUAAUAUUUGCAUUAAUGGACCGAAAUGAGACAGAGUUGGGCGAGCCUCUUACUCGGCUGUUGCCUCUGAGUCUUGGUCUUCUAUAUCUUGGGAAGCAGGAAAGUGUGGAGGCUACUGCUGAAGUGUCAAAGACGUUUCAUGAAAAAAUCAGAAAACAUUGCGAUAUGGUUCUGCUUUCUUGUGCCUAUGCAGGAACUGGGAAUGUUUUGAAGGUCCAACACCUUCUGACUCAAUGUUCAGAACAUCUUGAGAAGAGUGAAACCCACCAGGGCCCUGCCGUGCUAGGAAUUGCUAUGGUUGCCAUGGCAGAGGAAUUGGGCCUGGAAAUGGCAAUUCGUUCGUUAGAACAUCUUUUACAGUAUGGAGAACAAAAUAUUCGCCGUGCAGUUCCUUUGGCACUUGGUCUCCUUUGCAUAUCAAACCCAAAGGUCAAUGUUAUGGACACCUUGAGCAGGCUUAGCCAUGAUACAGAUUCAGAAGUAGCAAUGGCAGCGGUGAUCGCCUUAGGUUUGAUAGGUGCAGGAACCAACAAUGCCAGAAUAGCCGGCAUGCUUCGCAAUCUUUCAAGCUAUUACUACAAAGAUGCCAGUCUUCUAUUCUGUGUGCGAAUUGCCCAAGGUCUUGUGCACUUGGGGAAGGGCUUAUUGACUCUAAAUCCUUAUCAUUCUGAGCGAUUCUUGCUUUCACCGACGGCACUUGCUGGAAUUAUAACCAUGCUACAUGCAUGUCUUGAUAUGAAAGCCAUCAUCUUGGGAAAAUACCACUAUGUUCUGUACUUCCUUGUUUUGGCAAUGCAGCCGAGAAUGUUGAUGACUGUGGACGAGAAUCUCAAACCGUUGUCUGUACCUGUUCGAGUGGGCCAAGCUGUUGAUGUUGUCGGCCAAGCUGGUCGUCCUAAAACAAUCACUGGUUUCCAGACCCACUCUACACCGGUUCUUCUGGCAGCUGGUGAUAGAGCAGAGUUGGCUACAGAGAAGUAUAUUCCUCUCUCUCCCAUCCUUGAAGGCUUUGUCAUCUUGAAAGAGAAUCCUGAUUACCGGGAGGAUCACUAGUUUUGCCAACCAUGACAUGAGCCGGCGAUUGCUUUAUUUAUCCCUCAUGUUUUAGGCGUAAUUUGGAGUUCACAUCAAUGCCAGCCGUUGGAUGGAAAUCAUCGAUGCAAGUGAGCUUCGAACUUUUUCUUUCUCCAGUUUCGCCUCAAGAAAGCAGAGCAUGGUGGAAUUAGAUGAUUGUACACUUGAUGAAUGCUGCAACAGGAAAAUGUAGGUGGACCAUUGUCAUUCCAUGUCAUAGAUUACUAAAGUUUUCCUGCGAGGAGCCAUUGUUUUAUGUAGUUUAUUUUGAACGACUGUAGCAUGGCGACUCGGUAUCGGUUACUUUCAAAAUGGAUGUUACAGUGCGGUAAUACAGUAAAUUAUUAGUGUUUUUUUCUGUUGAGGAAACAGUAACUAUUAGUUGACUUGACAGCAUGAAAUUCAUCAGAAAAAGUUGAAACGCCAUGAAAUCCAACAAGGCAUUUUGGGUUUUUUUUUUU